AUGCAAGGCAAAAAGAAAAAGGGCGGAAGGAAGAAAGAAAUUAACUUCAUAGCUCUCUAUGAGCAAGAGCUGUUGAAUUAUGAGUCGGACGAUUCUGGUGAAUUAGAACAUGAGUACUAUCAGUAUAAAGUGUACGAGGUGGUCACCGUGACGGGGGACGUCCGGGGAGCCGGAACUGACGCUAACGUCUUCGUCACCAUCUUUGGAGAAAAUGGCCUUUCUCCCAAGCUCCACCUCACCAGCAAGAGCGAAUCUGCCUUUGAGAGAUGCAACACGGAUGUGUUUCGGGUAAAAACCAACAAUGUAGGACCAAUCUACAAGAUCAGGAUUGAGCACGACAGCACCGGACUGAACGCCAGCUGGUUCCUGGACAGAGUGGUGGUGACAGACAUGAACCGGCCUCACCUCCGCUACUAUUUCGCCUGCAACAACUGGCUGAGCAAAGAGGAAGGCGAUCGGCAGUACUGCAGGGAUCUCAUGGGCAGCUUCAACCCCAUGGACGUCCCCAGAGUUAACAAAUACGUGGUCAAAGUCUACACUGGAGACCUCACUAGCUGUGGAACAGACGCGGACGUCUUCAUUAAUAUCUUUGGAGAGCAUGGAGAUACAGGGGAGCGGCGCCUUGAAAAUGAGAAAAACAACUUUGAAAAGGGGGCGGAAGACAAAUUCACCCUUGAUGCACCAAAUUUGGGUCAGUUAAUGAAGAUUAACAUCGGCCACAACAACAAGGGUGGUUCUCCUGGCUGGUAUCUUGUUAAGAUCACUAUAGAAGACAUUGGGAACAAAAAGAUUUAUGACUUCCCUGUGAACCGCUGGCUGGCCCUGGAUGAAGAUGAUGGCAAAAUUCAAAGAGACGUUCUAGUGGGAGGUGCUGAGACCACUGCCGUCACUUAUGUCAUCUCCGUCACAACGGGAGACAUCCGGGGGGCCGGGACCAACUCUAAGAUCUUCAUCGUCAUGUACGGAGCCAAAGGGAAGAAGAACAGUGGGAAGAUCUUCCUCGAGGGCGGGGUAUUUGACCGAGCCCGGACGGACAUCUUCAACAUUGAGCUGGCCGUUCUCCUCAGCCCCCUGAGCCGGGUCUCCAUCGGGCACAGCAAUGCCGGCAUUAACUGUGGCUGGCACUGUGAGAAGGUGGUCGUCCUGUGCCCUUUCACGGGCAUCGAACAAACGUUCCCGUGCAAUAAGUGGUUGGAUGAGAAUGAAGGCGACGGCCUGGUGGAACGACAGCUCUACGAGAUGGUGUCCCUGCGGCAGAGGAGACUAAAAAAAUACUCCUGGUCCCUUUGGAUCUGGACAACUGACCUGAAGAAAGCAGGCACAGACGCUCCCAUCUUCAUCCAGCUUUACGGUCAGAAGGGGAGGACGGAUCAAAUCCAACUCGACUGUAGGCCGGAAUAUUUCGAACCUGGCAGGACAGAUAAGUUCUGGAUUGAACUUCCGGAUCUAGGACGAUUUUACAAGAUCAGGAUAUGGCACGAGAAGAGGAAUUCCUCUAGUGGAUGGCACCUAGCGAGGCUAACACUGUUGAACCCUCUGACCAAGGCGAAGUACAAUUUCAACUGCAACCGUUGGCUGGAUAUCAACGAAGACGACAAUGAGACCGUGAGGGAGCUCACUGCCGAGGGGCCGGCGGUCAGGAGAAUCAUGCCCCUCGUCAAGUAUCGUGUGACUGUGGUCACGGGAGAUCUGAAUGGAGCCGGUACAGAUGCCCGGGUCUUCAUCUGCCUCAUUGGUGAUGUGGGGGAUACUGGGGAACGCAUUCUGUACAACUGCAGGAAUAACACUGACACAUUUGAGAAAGGCAAUGCCGAUGAAUUCACCAUCGAAGCAGUCACCAUGCGGAAGGUGAGGAGGGUGAGGAUAGGGCACGAUGGAAAAGGAAAAGGCAGUGGCUGGUUCCUUGUCAAAGUGUUAGUGAGGGAAGAAGGCCAGCCAGAGAGUGACAAUGUGGAGUUCCUGUGCAACAGAUGGUUUGACAAAGAUCAGGACGACGGCCAACUAGUGAGAGAAUUAUUGCCAAGUGACAGCAACUCGAGGCUGAAAAACAUUCGAUACCACAUCAGUAUCAAGACGGGAGAUGCCCCCGGUGCCAGUACAGAUGCUAAAAUUACAAUCAAACUCUACGGAGAGAAGACAGAUACCAUCCGGCAAAUACUCCAGGUGUCUGAUAAUAACUUGAAAGACUACUUCGAGCGGGCCCGAGUGGAUGAGUUCACCAUUGAGACUUUAGAUAUUGGGAAGAUCAACCGGAUCAUGAUAGGGCACGACAGUGGAGGGAUGCGAGCUGGCUGGUUCCUGGGCAGCGUCCAGAUCUGGGUGCCCCGCCAUGGCAAGCGGUACACCUUCCCUGCCAACAGAUGGCUUGACCGGAGUAAAUGCGAUGGGAGGACGAUGGUGGAAGUCUACCCAAGCGAGAUCGUGGACACUGAAAAGUUGAUCCAUUAUGAAGUGGAAAUAGUGACGGGGGACAUGGGGUAUGCUGGCACCAAUGCCCGGGUCUACAUGCAGAUUUACGGAGAGCUGGGGAAAACCGAGGUGCUUUAUCUGAGCAGCCGAACGAAUGUCUUUGAGCAGGGAGCCACUGACACUUUUCAGGUGGACACCUUUACCAUCAAUGCCAUUGACCUGGGGCCACUGAAGAAGCUGAGAAUUCGCCAUGACAAUUCUGGCAACAGCCCAGGCUGGUUUCUUGACCGAGUGGACAUCACAGAUCAAAACAAUGAAAUCACGUACUAUUUCCCCUGCCAGCGUUGGCUGGCGGUGGAUGAAGAUGAUGGCCAAAUUUCCAGGGAGCUGGUCCCCGUGGAUGAAGCCUUCGUACUGAAGGAUGAAGAGGAAGAAAGUGGGGAUGACCCAGGUCUAGCUAAGCUGGGCCUGGAGCAGAAAGAUAAAUCAACAACAUACACGGUGUCAGUGAAGACAGGGGAUAAGAAGAACGCAGGAACGGAUGCAAAUGUCUUCAUCACGCUCUUUGGCACGGAUGACGACACGGGGUUAACCCUUCUAAAGUCCUCCAAGACCAACAAAAACAAGUUUGAAAGGGGGAAGAUUGAUGUUUUCACAGUGGAGACCGUGGAUCUUGGAGAGCUGAGGAAAAUAAGAAUCGGACACGACAGUAUGGGCAAAGGUGCUGGCUGGUUUCUGGACUGGGUAGAAGUGGACGCUCCUUCUCUCGGGAAAUGCCUUGUAUUUCCAUGUGGCCGCUGGCUGGAUCGAAGUGAGGAUGAUGGAGCCCUCAGCAGAGACCUCUUUCACAAUGAGCUACAGACGAGGGAGUAUGUUCCAUUUGUCCCUUACGAGAUCACCGUCUACACCAGUGACCUCUUCGGUGCCGGCACGGACGCCAACGUCUUCAUCGUCAUUUACGGCUGUGACGCGGUCUGCACCCAGCAGAAGUCCCUGUGCUCCAACAAGAGGGAGCAGCGGAUUUACUUCGAGAGGAAAUCCGCCAACCGCUUCAUUGUGGAGCUAGAGGACGUGGGAGAAGUACUUGAAAAAAUCCGAAUUGGACAUGACAAUUCAGGAAUCAAUCCCGGUUGGCACUGCGACCAUAUUGAUAUUCGGAGACUUCUGCCUGGAGGAGAGGGCUCGGAAACUCUGACAUUCCCAUGUGAUCGAUGGCUGGCAUCCUCUGAAGAUGAUGGAAAGUGUAUCCGAGAACUGGUACCCUAUGAUAUCUUCACAGAAAAACUGGCCAAAGAUGGGACAUUAAGACAAAUCUACAAAGAAGUGGAGGAACCGCUUGAUAUCGUCCUGUACUCCGUGGCAAUUUAUACUGGAGAUAUCCCUGGGGCUGGAACCGACGCCAACAUCUUCAUCACCAUCUAUGGGGAUUUGGGAGACACCGGAGAGAGGUUCCUCGGCAAGUCAGAAAACAGCAUGAACAAGUUUGAAAGAGGAAAGGAUGAUACUUUCAUCAUCGAGGCUGCCGACCUUGGAGUCAUCUACAAGAUCAAGAUCCGUCACGACAACAGCGGUCUAUUGCCUGACUGGUACCUGGAGAAAGUGGACAUCUGGAAUGAUACCAAUGAGGACGAGUUCCUGUUCCUUUGUGGUCGCUGGCUCUCCCUGAAGAAGGAGGACAGGAGGAUUGAGCGAUUGUUUUACGAGAAGGAAUAUGAAGGCGACCGGAGCAGCAACUACAGCUGUCCUGCAGAUUUCUGGGAGAUCACACUCAGCUCUAAGAUGAGAGAUGGAGAAAUCGAUGUUGACAACGUGAAAGGCCCCCUGGCAAACUACAUUCAGGAGGGUCCCUUGAUCCCAUACCAUGUGACUAUCACCACGGGCAAAGACCGGGAUGCGGCCACCGACAGCCGGGCCUUCCUUGUGGUCAUCGGCGAGGAGGAGGUGCAGACCAAGAAGAUGUGGCUGGAUCACCCCAAAGGAAAAAGAGGGUUUGGCUGUGGCUCGGUGGAGAAGUUCUACGUCGUGGGCCUGGAUGUCGGGGUGAUCAAAAAGAUGGAGCUUGGACACGAUGGGGCCACUCCUGAGAGCUGCUGGAUGGUGGAAGAACUGUGUGUUGCCGUGCCAACCAAGGGCUCCAUGUACACUUUUUCCUGCAACUGCUGGCUAGCCAAGGACAGAGGAGACGGUCGCACCUCCCGUGUCUUUGACCUUCUGGAUGCCAUUGGAGUCACCAUUGGAGUGAAGAUCCUGUAUGAAAUGACAGUCUGGACCGGAGAUAUCGAAGGGGGAGGCACCGAUUCCAAUAUCUUCAUGACUCUUUAUGGUGUCAACGGGAGCACGGAGGAGAUACAGCUGGAUAAAAAGAAAGACAGGUUUGAGCGGGAACAGGACGAUACCUUCAUCGUGGAGAUAGCGGACAUCGCCCCCUUCACCAAGAUGCGGAUCCGGAUCGAUGGGUUGGGCACCCGCCCGGAGUGGUACCUGGAAAAGAUCCUCCUGAAGAACAUGGACAAUGAUGACCUCACCAUGUUCUACUACAAUGACUGGCUGUCCAUAAAGCAGGGGGAGAAGCAGACACUGGUGUGUGAGAUGCCAGCUGUGAUUGACGAGGAGGAGAUGAUGGAGUGGACAUCCUACACUGUCGUGGUCAAGACCAGUGAUAUUCUGGGCGCAGGAACAGAUGCAAACGUGUUCAUUAUUAUCUUUGGAGAGAAUGGAGACAGUGGCACCCUGCCCCUGAAAAAGUCUGGCAACUGGAACAAGUUUGAGCGGAAUGGGACAGAUACGUUCAACUUCCCGGACAUGCUGAGCCUUGGGGAACUCAGCAAACUGCGAGUCUGGCAUGACAACAAAGGGUUAUUUCCCGGCUGGCACCUGGAGUCCAUCAACGUGAAGGACAAUUCCUUGGAUGAGACAUUCCGCUUCCAAUGCGACUGCUGGCUGUCCAAGAGAGAGGGAGACAGACAGACCGUCAGAGACUUCGCCUGUGCCAAUAAUGAGAUCCUGGAAGAGCAGGAGUUCACCACGUACGAGAUCGCCAUAGAAACGAGCAAUGCGCCUGAUGCGGAUACCAGGGAAAAUGUCUGGCUAAUCUUAGAAGGGAAGAAAGAUCGAUCUAAAGAGUUCCUGAUAGAAAAUCACUCCAGGCCCAAGGAGCGGGUGUUUAAAAGGGGCACCACAGACACAUUUGAGUUUGACAGCAAGAAUGUUGGAGAUAUAGCAGCACUCUGUGUAGGACACAUCCCGAGAGAUCCAAGUAGAUAUUCCUCCUCCAGGGCGAUCUUCUGGCACGUGGAGACUAUCACCAUCACAGAAACGGAACUUGGCAACGUGUAUUACUUCAACUGUGACCGCAAGAUCCCCUUAAAGAAAAAGAAGAAAUACUUUCAAGUGUUUGAGGUGACCAAGGUGACUGAGAGCUUUGCUAGCAAGGUCCAAUGCCUGGUGCCUGUCAAAUAUGAAAUCAUCGUGAUGACGGGCUUUGAGAAGGGAGCAGGCACCGAUGCCAACGUCCUGAUGACCAUCUUCGGGGUCAACGGGGACACGGGGAAGAGGGAGCUGAAGCAGCGCUUCCGAAACCUCUUUGAGAGGGGCAGUACUGACCGGUUCUUCCUGGAGACCCUGGACUUGGGGGAACUGCGGAAGGUGCGGCUGGAACAUGACAGCAGUGGCCUCUGUCCCGGCUGGUUGGUGGAGCGGGUGGAGAUCACCAAUACCUCCACCGGGGUGACCACGAUCUUUGCCUGUGGGAAGUGGCUGGACCAGAAGAGGGGAGAUGGGUUGACCUGGAGAGAGCUCUUUCCCACCGUCUGAGGGUGAAUUCCCCCAAUUCACCAACUAGGCCAGAUACCCAUGAGAUUAUUAUAAUAACGAUAAGUGCGGGUUUUGUUGAGCACUUACCAUGGG